AUGCGUGUACAGUCGACCAGUUAUAUUGAGAGUGGUAAAUGUGCUCGUGAUAAGUUACCUGAUCUACUUCAUGUUGAAUACUCAUUGCGGACCCUAUCAAGACCUCAAAUUGACUCGGUGGCAUUCAAAAGUAUCGAUGGUUCGACAUUAGUCGAAUUGAUGGAGUCGUUGGAAAUAAGUGAAUUUGAAAAGAAAUUCAUCAUUGUCGAUUGUAGAUAUCCUUAUGAAUAUAACGGCGGACAUAUUAGGGGUGCCAUCAAUCUGCACGAUCCAUCGAAUUUACAGUCGGUUUUCUAUCCGAAUUCGAUCCCAAAAUUCCAAGCGAUGCUCCGACGGAUACCAAUUUUCUAUUGUGAAUAUUCACAAGAACGUGGCCCAUCAAUGGCGUCUGCAUUGCGACAGUAUGAUCGCUGUAGAAAUGAAUCACGUUAUCCAGAAGUAGAUUAUAAAGAGAUUUAUGUUCUGGAUCGUGGAUAUAGGAAAUUCUUUAGACAAGAUGGAUUCGUGCGUUUCUGUGAGCCGCAAACGUACGUCACAAUGCGAGAGCCAUCGUAUCAUGAAGAACUGAAACGUUACCGUUUCCAUAAGACGAAAUCAUUCGGUGGUUUGAGUUCAUCAUACCGAAUGAGUAAUCUUAACGUCGAUGCCACUAAUGUCCCUCGCCGAACGCGAUUAACAUUUCGAAGUAUCUCAGAGGAUACCACCUCAACAAUGACCCCGUUAAGGUCAUCAUUAAAGAACAGCACUGAUAUUAAUUUAACUUCCCGUUGUCCAGAUUUAUUCGGCUCUCCGUUUCCGUGUCCAUCCGCUGCAAUCACACCGCCCAAAAGCGAUGCUGGCCCCAUUAAAAUGCCACAUUUCUCAUGA